AUGGCAGUGAAACUACCCAAUUUAAUACCACCAUUUCGAUUUACCAUGGUCGAAGAAAAUCUAUUUCGAGGAGGAUAUCCUAAACCACGUAAUAAGCGAUUUUUAAAGAGGUUACGGCUCAAGACCAUAUUGUCGCUCAUUCCUGAUAAACUGAUGCCUGAAAUGCAAGAAUUUUGUGAGGAAAACAGCAUUAAGCUGCUCCAUUUAACGGUGGACAAGAUGAAAGAAGACAAUAUCCCAUUGACAUACAACAAGACAUUGAUGGCAUUACAGCUCAUGAUAGAUCCAGCAAAUCACCCUCUGUACAUCCAUUGUUUGGACGGCGCAGAUGUCACUGGCCUAGUGAUUGCAUGUUUACGCAAACUACAAAUGUGGAGCAUAUCCAGCGCAUUGGGAGAGUUUGUCCGCAACCUGCAUACAAGUGUUAUUUCCAGUGAAGAAUUCGAAUUUGUGGAAAAUUUCAAAAACUUUGAAGUAACCAUCCCAAUGACACUGCCGUUGUGGUUAUGGGGUGGUCAAGUGAACUUUAGAAAGCACACAAGUCUGCGACUCAGAUUCUUGAAUCCUGAUAUGAUGACGGAAGAGGAACGAGAGCUGAAGGAUCUGAAAGAGAAGAAGGAAAAGGAGAAAGAAGACUAUUACAAAAAGAGAAAGAAUGAUUUACUGGAUAAUCUGUUUGAUCCAAACGCAGCAGCUGGCGCUCGUCAUCGAUCCGGAUCAAAUAUUAUGAACAACAGCAAUGGAGGUAGUGGCGCUGGGGGUGGUGGCAGUGGUAAUAAUGGUAGCAACAAUGCGUCUUCAUCCAUGGCCUCCCACAAUGCAAACAAUAGUAACAUCAGCACAAUGGCACCGUCUACACCUGGCAUGGAUGACAUAUAUGCAACAGCAAGCUCUGCCUCUAUUGCCUCAGAUAGCUCGACACGACAUGGAAGAAAUGAGGCAGACCAUGCAAAGGACCCCUAUUUGGUGGAUGUCGAUGUGGAUGUAGACGGCGUCAUGAUGGACGGUUUAGAUCAAGUGGAAUACAUGAACAGAGCCAAUGGAGGAUCAUCUGGCAACCGUUUCUAUGGUGAUGGCAAUGACGAUGUAUUGCUUAUAGAUGAUGAAGGCGAUAUGUACAAUGGAGAACAAGGAGCUCGAUUCAUCACAGAGCCCAUCAGUAGAACAUUGGAGGCAUUGGCAUUAGAGGGUCUGACAGAAUUCUAA